GGGUCGAAGUCUGUAUAAAUGGUGUCUCCAGUGCCCACUGAGUCAAAGUUGCGGCAACUCGCCGAGGGUGAAGGCGGUGCGGAUGGCAGCGGGCAAGCAGGGCGAAGUGGCCGGAAUCAGCACCAGUUACCAGGCGGUGAUGCCAAGCUACGCCGGGAUAACGGAGGAAUUCCCGCAGUCGCUGCGGCGCCAGCUGCAGAAAUCCAAGCUGAAGCAGAGGCGACCCCGGGAAGCCAGGUUCAAGACGCAGCCGGUCACCUUCGAUGAAAUCCAGGAGGUGGAGGAGGAAGAGGUCUCGGCUCUGGAGGAGGAGAAAGCCAAGAAGUCGUUCCUGCAGUCGCUUGAGUGUCUCCGGAGGAGCGCUCAGAACUCCCGUGCCCAGAAGGCAACUUUAAGCAACUCAAAGCUGAGGUACAGCUUGGACUCGAGCGACUCGGAUUCCGCCCACUGAUCGCCGGGGCACCGAACCGCCCCUUAAAAGUACUGUGCUUCAUAAUGAAGUUUUAAAAAGCUGUAUUUUGUAAAAAAAAAUCUAUUUUCAAAGGAGAAACCUUUACGCAUCGAUGGGCACAAACCAGGAAUAAAUACUGAUGAGAGAUGUUGCUCUGUGCUUGGAUGUUUGGUGGUGGUUGAUAAAGGCUGUUCGCGGAAUCUUGCUUCUGCCCAAGUCACGAAGAACGCAGUGUUGGAAAGGGAACGGCCCAUUCCUUUAUUGGACACCAGUGAAGUUGUGAUGAGGAUAUAAACGCAGCUCAACUGCAGUUUAACUGUUGUUUUUCUAUUCUGCUUUGAGAAUUAUUAAAAUGCAAGAUGCAAUUUUUCAGUAAAAUUCCUUUCUAUACCUUGUUGGAUUGCACUACAGAUGUUCCAAGCGUUAGCGAUUUAAUAGCUCGGCUCUUGCCAAAUUUCAUUUAUGUAAUGCUUUUAUUACUCAAAUCGGUAAUUUAUAUGUUUGUAUUUUGUGAAACAUGCAACAAAGCAAGAUUGUAACGCCUCGUGAUUAAUAAAAUUAGUGAACACUUGGUAUCUUACAAUGUUUUUUUUUGGACAAAAUGCUUGCUUGAGUAUCAGACCUCUCCGUUAGGUCAGCCUGUCACAAUUGGUGGAAUAGAUUUUGACCAGCGUCACAGGUUUGGGUUCCAUGCUUGUAAUCAGAUAAGAAUUUGUUUUCCUCUAAAGCAGUCAGUUAUAUCGUAUUAGACGGAUUUGCGCUUUCCACUCGGUGGGAAUAGAUAUUACAGUAUUAGAAAUGAAGCAUGUACUUCUGUUUCCCUUCGGGUCUGCGCAACGCACUCGACAACUUCAACUGCUCCUCUUUAAAUCACGUGUUUGUACUUCGUAUUGCAGCUUUCAGUAGCGGGGAGUUCUGUCACUAAGCGGUCUCACUCCUGGUAGCUUUGCUUGUUUAAUGUUACUGAGUACUUCAGGUGUAAGCAGACACCAGCAGGCCGAACGAGCUGUAAAAUUCUUAUGUAAGACUGAACCCACUGCAGUCUUUAAGAGGCGCGAUUACAACUAACUUGAAGCUGCAAAGCAUGUUUGGCACAUCGACUGCUCCAGUUUUGCUGCAAGGUGUCAGCCCCGCUACAUUUCUGAUUGAAAUGCGAUCGGAGUUGGUGCGACGGAACCAGCCACCCCCCAAUUAAAGUGGUUUCCAUAAAUAAUCGAUGCAAUGUUAGGUUGCUGCAGCCCCGCUAACGUAUUUUUUGCCAUUUAAAAAAAAACUCGUGUCAGUUAAUGAAGAAGAUUAGAUUUUUUCCCCCGAGUGACGAGCAUUCUAUUCCUAAUUUGGAUAGGCGCUGAAAACUCCAUCGCUUUCGCCGGGUCGCAAUGCUCGCUGACUGACGCCGGACAACGCGUACUGCGUCCGGCUGAGUGACUCCUCCUGCCCUUGUAGAUCACGCGGGACGAAGAGGUAGUCAUUUGGGGCGGUGAAAGCGGGAAUUGUAAUUUUCUAGAAUAUAAAUAUGCUGUAGGAACUGUAAACUCGCAACAUUUUUGAAAUGGUGCUUUUAAUUUGUGCCUGAAUAAAUCACAUAUAAUAGGUACGGUGGAAUAACGUGACUUGGGCAUGUUUAUAGUACAAUUUUUGAAGCUAUAUAGAGAGGUGGGGCUUGGCGGCAUAUGGGCCAAAUUUGAAUUAAAUGUGUGGUCGGUAUACACUUUUUGGGCCGAAGGGCCUGUAUCCAUUCUUACGACUAUGAUUACAUAACGAGUAAAACAAAAUCACAAAAAUACUCCACUUCUUUCAAGUGAUCAACUGUCAACAUGUUACUCAGCUAAUGUUCUAUGGAUUUCUACUGUAUUGUUUUUGUAUGUAAUCCGUGUGUAUAUUAAAAAAAACUUAAUGCCCGUAGAAAAAUUGGAAUCAUCCUGCGAUUGUAAAAGGUCAUAUGAGAAUGUAGGGUUUUAUUAUUUAAAUCCUUACAGAUGCAGUCCUGAGUAAUGAUAUAUAAUGCCCCAGAUUUUAUAGAUGCAAUAAUGAUCAAAGACUCUUAAGCUGCUGGCGGUGAUUCAGAUUCUUCUACAAGCUCUGUUUUGCAGUCAAAUGGGGGAAAUGUUAAAUUUAUGUAAGCUUAUGGUAUUUAUGAACUAGUUUUACAAUGCCAUAUGGAGAAUGCUGGGAUCUGUGUUUUAAUAGUGUUCUAAGUUUUAACGCCUUCCACAUUCUCUAGCUGUAAGUUCUUUUUUAUGUAUGUGGAUUGUAGUUCUUUCUGAUUAAAUAUUAAAAAUAUUUCAGAUUUAUUUUUAACUUAUAGUUCAGUUGUGUUAAUUAUGAGUAAAUUACAAACUUGGUAUUCUAAAAUUUUUAAGUGUGUUUAUUGUUUUUAAAAGCUUGUGAGAGUUUGUACAUUUGUUGUUGACUGUCGGGGCAGAUAGAUAACAGGAGCUGCCCCAGAGGCUACAGAACCCUUUGAACUCAUCAUUCAGUAAGAUUUGUACUUUGUUAGGUAAAGAGGAUUUUGUUUCACAGCUGACCAUAGAGUAUCAUUUGUGAACAAACUCAUUAGAACCGUCAGAUUACAUGUAUUUGAUAAACUAGUUUAAAAACAAAAAAAAGGAAAAUAAAUCUAAGCUACAUUGAAAGGCUGUGUCCAUCAUUAAGGACCCCCAUCACCCAGGACAUGCCCUCUUCUCAUUGUUGCCAUCAAGGAGGAAGUACAGGAGCCUAAAGGCACGCACUCAAUAUUUUAGGAACAGCUAUCAGCUACCUUCUGCCAUUAAAUUUCUAAAUGGACAAUAACCAUGUAACCCACAUCACUUUUUCUUUUCUUUUUUUGCUCUUUUUGCACUACGUAAUUUAUAGUUUUUAUUAUGUAUUGCAAUGUACUGCAGUCAAAUAAAUUUCACAAUAAACUUUACUUCUGAUUUUGUCUUAGCA